AUGUCUAACGGCAACCAACCCAGAGAAGCGCUGGGCACUCGCAUGAAAAGCUACGAAGCCGUCACAGACCAGCUUCUAGCUUCCGACCAGCCCGCUAUCAUUCGCAUCGACGGACACGGCUUCUCCAAAUUCACUCAUGGUUUCGAAAAACCUUUUGACGAGCGGAUCCACCAAGCCAUGGCGCGGACAUCUGCCGAUCUCUUGACACAGUUCCCGGACGUAUCCCUCGUCUACACCCAAUCCGACGAGAUCACGCUCAUCCUGCCGACUCCAGCGCGUUCGUUCAAUGGCCGCGUCACCAAGUUGGCCACUCUCGCUGCCUCCUAUACCUCCGUGCGAUUCAAUUUCCACUUGGAGGAGCUUGCAGGGGACACGCUUCCAUCUCACAAGCGCGGUGUCGCGCAUUUUGACGCACGCAUCUUCAAUGUGCCGUCGGAUGCGGAGCUGCUCAACAAUCUCAUCUGGCGCGCCAAGACGGAUUGUCGGCGAAACAGCAUUUCUGCCUUCGGACGGAAAUAUUACAGCGCCAAAGCGAUGCACGGUCUGAAAGGAGACGAAGUUGUGCAGAAAGUGCGCGAUGAGCAUGGCGUGGACUUCUGGACCGAUGCACCUGCCUGGGCACGUUAUGGCACAACAUGCAAACGCGAGGUGUAUCAAGGGACGGGCGUCGAUGGGUUAACUGGCAAAGAGGUGACGAUGACGCGAACCAGAGUGCGGACAGAAGACAGGCCGUGGUGGCACUUCACUGAUCAAAAUGUGGCCUUGGUCACUGCGCGAUAUUGGGACACUGAUGCUGCCGGAGGCACUCUUGCGCAGGUGAAGGAGGGCUCCAGCGAAGACUAG